GCAUUCCCCUGUUUUAUUUGGAUCCGGUUGCAUUUUAUCUGCAAAUUUUUCGUUUUGAUUUUUCCCUUUUUGACUGUGGUGUGCGAUUUUUAUUUUAUUUUAUUUUAUUAUUUUUCUAGUUUUUUAGCGGAGAUUUUUCAUGAUAGCGUUCAAAGUUGGUGUGGUUUGUGUUUGUUUUGAUUGUGUGGUUAUAGAACAAGUGGUUUUGGCAUGAUUCGUGAAUUUCAUGUAUUUGUGUUGUGUAGUUGUUAUAUGCUUAUGUAGCAUCAAAACUUCUGAUUGAAGUUGCGUGACACUGAUGAUAACACUGUAAUGUAACGUGAAGUUACAUUUCUUCUCGUAUAUUUUUGAAAAUCAUUAUUGGCGUCUAUGUAUCAGUGUUACUAGUGUCGUGUCCAGUGUUCUGUUAGUGUCUGUUCUUUUGUAGUGUAUGAGUUGAACAAGGUACUAGUUUGUGCGUGUUGUUGAAGAUUUGAAGGGAUAUAAAGAUAUCUAGAGAUUGCUGUUCUAGAGUAUUUUCCUUGAAUGAGGAGAGGAUUAGUGAGUUUAUAGCGGGAUAAAAGAUUCUGUUCUCACUGUUUUUAUUAGUCUUUGAGUAGUGCUUCAGUUUAUUUAUCUAGUCGUUGCAUUUGUUUCAUCUGUCGAUUACAUAUUUUUGUGCAUAGUGCGUGUUUAUAGACAGAAACACCGUAUUUAUUAUUCGUAGUGGUGUCAAUCGGGGAUCAUGGAAAAAUGCAAGUUGUUCAAAUUUCGUUACGCCGUGGUGCAAUAGCCAGUGCUGCUAAUUGACAACAUAUUUUACUCAGAGUAGUCAAUCCUGGAUAGCGGGCAGAGCGGUCGACCCUAUAAAUGAGAUAGCGGGAUAGAUCCUGCCAAUUGUGUUUUAAGUCUAUUAGCGCCUUUCGUGUGUGCACGUGACUUCGAGAAAUUAUUCGAAUUUGUGUCUGAGAGAUUGAUUGAAUUUCACUGUGACUAGAGUGGGAAUGUUUUUUCAGGAGUUGAAUAACUUGCUUAUCCAACUUUAAAAGUUGGUAUUGGAUCAAAGAAUAAGAACAACAACUUAUCUGCAAUCAGGUUUUACUAAGGUUUAGCCUGUACUUGAAGCAUAUUACGUAGUUUUGCUUCGAGAGAAUGGGUUAUAUCGGGUCUCAUGGUGUUGCAGCUCUGCAUAGAUACAAAUAUAGUGGUGUAGAUCAUUCCUAUGUGGCAAAAUAUAUACUACAACCCUUCUGGACUCGCUUUGUUCAUUUUUUUCCCCUAUGGAUGCCUCCAAACAUGAUAACGCUGAUGGGCUUUAUGUUCUUAUUAUUGUCUGCAACGCUUGGCUAUGUAUACUCACCUCAUUUGGACUCACCUCCUCCAAGAUGGGUUCAUUUUGCACAUGGGCUACUUUUGUUUUUGUACCAGACAUUUGAUGCUGUUGAUGGGAAGCAAGCUAGACGGACAAAUUCUUCAAGUCCAUUGGGGGAGCUGUUUGAUCAUGGGUGUGAUGCACUUGCUUGUACAUUUGAAGCACUGGCUUUUGGGAGCACAUCCAUGUGUGGAAGAAGUACUUUCUGGUGGUGGUUAAUAUCUGCAAUUACAUUUUAUCUUGCAACCUGGGAGCACUAUUUCACCAAUACACUUAUACUGCCUGUUGUAAAUGGACCUACAGAGGGUCUUAUGAUAAUAUACUUUGCUCACUUUUUCACUGCUUUCGUCGGUGCUGAGUGGUGGGCCCAGCAAUUUGGAAAGUCUUUGCCUUUUUUGAAUUGGUUGCCGGUUCUUGCUGAUGUCCCAACAUUCACAGCUAUAUUGUGUUUGAUGAUAACUUUUGGUGUUAUACCCACAGUCGCGUUCAAUGUUAUUAAUGUUUCUAAGGUUGUGAAGUCAAGAAAUGGAAGUGUAGCUCUUGCAUUGGCAAUGCUUUACCCAUUUGUUGUCCUUGUCGGAGGAGUGCUUUUGUGGGAUUAUUUGUCACCAUCUGAUAUCAUAGCCAAUUAUCCACAUUUAGUUGUUAUGGGAACAGGACUUACUUUUGGAUAUCUUGUGGGAAGGAUGAUUUUGUCUCACUUAUGUGAUGAGCCAAAAGGCUUGAAAACUGGAAUGUGCAUGUCUCUCAUGUAUCUCCCACUCGCGAUUGCUAACGCACUUGCAUCAAAGCUAAACGAUGGGGUUCCUAUAGUUAAUGAGAGACUAGUUCUUCUUGGUUACUUUGUAUUUACAGCAUCACUUUACUUGCAUUUCGCGACGUCUGUCAUUCGUGAAAUUACCAAUGCACUGGGAAUAUAUUGCUUCAGGAUAACUAGGAAGGAAGCUUGAAUCUAUCCAUGAUUUGAUUUAGCUUGCAAGUGAAGAAAACUACUGGCAAGGUUUAUGUCAAUACUAAUUUUGCUGCAUGGAUUUUUUCAAUAUGUAUUGAUUCUUAGAUAGGCUAGGAGAUCUAUUUAUGGAAACUUAACUGUUCCACCAUUAUGAAUAUUAAUGUUAGUUUCAAGUAUUGAUUCUAUGAA